AUGAACCUGUUAAGCGACGAUCUGAUGUUGGGGGACUUCUCGUCCCCCUUCAACCAGUCGUUUUUGGAGGCUGAUGAGAAUUUGGGUCUCUUGGAUGACUUCAUUGAGGUGUCCGGGUACCUCCCAUCGCAUUGGUUCUCCAGCGGAAAGGCUAAGAAUGGCGUCUCGUCUGAACUGCUACCUUUGGCUGAACCCUUUGGCAGUUUCCACGGUAAGAGAGACGCCUUCUCCGGCAUGGAUAGGAUGGUGGAAAAAAUGGACCUGAAGGAGUUUGAUUUUGAUUCCCUGCUUGGGAUGGAAGAUCUAGAAUCCACUGUCUCGCCAGAUGAGCUUAUGGCCACGUUGGAUGACUCCUGUGAUCUCCCAGAGGACCCACCUCUCCCACCGGUGUUUGGCCAGUUUGUGCCAUCACCUGCCCAAGUCUUUCUUCCAGAAAGUACACUGGAGGCAGAUCAAGUGGCUCCAGUGAGUCCCAGUUUAUCAGAGUCUAAUGUCUCUAGCCCUGACCAUUCUUUUAUCUUGGAUGUAGGAAGUGAGGUAGAUGUUGCUGAGGAAGAUAAGAAAUCAGAUAAUCACAGCAGUAUUUAUUUGAACCCACUUCUGAAGUCUGAGAAGGAGGAUUCCUCAGAUAAUGACAGUGGGAUUUAUAUGAGCCCGUCAUAUCUGGGGUCUCCUCAGCAAAGUCCUGCAUCUACUGUAGAGUACCCUAGUAGUGUCCAGUCCUCUCCCAGGUCCCCUAUUUCUGAGAGACCCAAACCUUACGACCUUCCCUCUAAGGAUAAAGAAGUCUUGGCAAAGGUUAAAACUGUAGGGCAGCCCAGAGUAGACAAGAAGAAGAAGAAAAUGGAGCAGAACAAAACAGCAGCCACUCGCUACCGGCAGAAGAAGAAAGCAGAACAAGAGGCAAUAUCUGAACAGUGCCGAGAACUGGAACAGAGAAAUGAUUCACUGACAGAGAAAGCAGAUUCUCUAGCAAAAGAGAUCCAGUAUUUAAAAGACCUAAUAGAAGAAGUCCGCAAGGCCAAAAGCAAACGAGCAAAAAGUUCUUGA